AUGAUAAUAAUUGAUGAGUUGCCUUUUAGGUGUGUUGAGGGUUAUGGGUUUAAGAAAUAUGUGACUACCUUACAACCUAAGCUUCGUCUAAAAGAUAUUUCAUCUCGACAAACUGUGGCUAGAGAUGUGAUUGGAAUUUAUAAUUGUGAGAGAGAGAAGCUAAGGAAAUCCUUAAAGGGUUGUAGGGUGUGUCUUACUACGGACACAUGGACUUCUCUACAAAAUUUGAAUUAUAUGUGUCUUACAUGUCACUUUAUUGAUGAUGCUUGGAAGUUGCAUAAGAGAAUUUUAAAUUUUUGUCAAGUUGAAGAUCAUAAGGGGGAGACUAUAGGUAGGAAGAUUGAGAUGUAUUUGCGUGAGUGGGGUAUUGAUGACAUAUUCACUUUGACAGUGGAUGAUGCUAGUUCCAAUUUAACCACAAUUAAAUUUUUACAAAGGGUAACAAAAGAUUGGAAUGGGACAGUUUUAGGAAAUGAGUUAAUGCAAAUGAGGUGUUGUGCCCAUAUCCUAAAUCUCAUUGUUGGGGAGGGUUUGAAAGAAAUUGAUGCAUCUGUUGCUAGGGUGCGUGAAGCUGUGAGGUAUGUGAAGUCCUCACCCAAUAAAAAUCAAACCUUUAGGAAUUUUAUGGAGAGGUUAGGUAUGGAGUCCAAGAGUCUUCUUUGUUUAGAUGUACCUACUAGGUGGAACUCAACAUACCUUAUGUUAGAAACUGCUGAAAAAUUUGAGAAAGUAUUCCUUAGGAUGGACUUUGAAGAUGAUGGUUAUUCAUCAUAUUUUAGGAGCAAGGAAGAUAGUGGUGGUUUGGGAUCUCCUUGUAUGAGUGAUUUCCAAAAUUGUAGGGCAUUUGUGACUUUCUUGAGGCUUUUUUACAAUGCAACAAAGAAGUUCUCUGGCUCUUUGUAUGUGACCUCAAAUGCCUUUUUUGAUGAGAUCUUUGUUAUUCAAGAGAGUAUUUCUCAUUUAGUUAAAUCCCAAAACACCCUCUUGAAAAACACAGCCACAAACAUGCAAACUAAAUUUGAGAAGUACUGGGGGGAAGGUGAUAAAAUUAAUCCUCUUUUGUAUGUGGCUGUUGUUCUUGAUCCACGAAAAAAAUUGAGGUUUUUGAAGUUCUCUUUUUCUGAAAUUUAUGGGAAUGAAGUGGGGAAUGUGAUGGUUGAUAAGGUGAAAGCUCUUUUGAUGAAGUCGUAUACUUUUUUCUGUUCUGUUAAUUCCCCAAAUGUGCAAGAACCAAGUGGGGGUGAGAGGACACCAAUGGUAGGUGAUGCAAGUGAUCCAUAUGUGAUGGUUCACUCUCGAUAUGAGCUUUUCUUAGAAGCUGAGCAAUCUGUUAGGUUCUAA